AUGUCUGCCCGAAUUUUCAACCUCUUCCAGAGGAACAUGUUCGAGUUACUACAUAAAGCAGCUGUAAACUGGUACAUUGAACCUGUUCUCUACAACAACAUCCCAGGGUACCCAGGGUACAAGGAGUCUUACAAAACUGUGAAGCUCAUGUUGAUGAACAUCCACCACCACCCUCUGAUAGAUGGACCCACUCCAUUUGGACCAGGGAUGCUCGCUUUGGGAGGAUCGUUGUGUACAGAAUACAACAAGGAGGAGGUGUCCAGGUAUGCUGGGUUGGCUGAGUUUAUGGAUGGUGCAGUGGAGGGGUUUAUCUUCAUGUCAUUCGGGUCCGUGCAGAUGGAUAUACCUGCGAUUGAACAAAAGAAAUGGCUGGAUGCUUUUAAAGAGCUCCCAUACAAAGUUAUCUGGAAACAAAACCCGAUAAAAGAGUUACCUCAUAAUGUCCAGCUUUUCAACUGGUUACCACAACAGUCCAUCCUGCAACAUCCAAACUUCAAGCUCUUCAUCACUCACGGAGGACACGCCAGCAAAGAAGAAAUAGCUUGUGCUGGGAAGCCCAUGUUGGUGGUCCCACAGUUGCAAAGGACCAGUUCUACAACGCUAAAAGAACCGCUGAGAUUGGAGUCGGAGAUAAUUUAUUGGAUUUGUCAGGCACCUCAGUGGAAGUGA